UCUGCUCUAAGUGGGCAGGAGCAAUUCAUACUCCAACCACGUCACGUCAGGUCGAGUGAUGCACGCUCACUGCUAAGAGUAUUUGUCAUCAAAACAGAGAAGUCAGUCUGACAGAGCCUUGUUUAAGUUGAGGGGGCAUCAGAAACCAUCAAGCUCACUUCCGAUCCGUUGGCACUGGCGAAGAAGUAACUUCGACUGAAUAUGUCUUCCAAUUCUAAUCUGACCAACAUGCGUCGGCUUGUUGAACAACUGAGACUCGAGGCCAGCGUGGAAAGAAUAAAAGUGUCCCAAGCCGCGGCCGAACUGCAGCAGUACUGCCUCCAGAACGCCACAAAAGAUGCCCUCCUGGUUGGGGUGCCAACGGGCAGCAACCCUUUCAGGGAGCCACGUUCCUGUUCCCUCCUCUAGGCGCUCGGACAUUUCUUGUGGAAGAAUUCCGACACAAAUUGACCAGUCACAACUAUAGGGACCAAAGAUGGGAAAAUGUUUUCAUUUCAAAAGAAGAAAAAAUAUUUAUUUAAAAUUUAUUUUGAUACAUUUUUAAUCCAUGUCUGUGAACGAGUCAUGUUGUUGAUUUAGAUUAAUUGGUCAGCUCCCAUAUGUGAGAGUGUGUUGGAACAUGGUUCCAGACUGAAUGCUGGCUCACUGGAAUAAAUAUCAUUAAAAUGCAAAUUCAUAUGCAUCACUAA